CGACGUAAGCCCGUGUGGGGAGCGCGUGUGAUUUGUGUAACUUGUUUUAUGCUGGUGUGAUGCUGGUCAAUUGUAGCGGGACAUGGGUGCAGGGCUACCUUUCACACGAUGCGAAUGCAGCGAUGACGCCCGGCCUAAAGAUGGAGUCCAAGGGCACGCAGAUCCACCUGCCUCUGAUGGGUCGCGGCUCCCGCGGCGAGAUCACAGACAAGGUGCUGUUCUCGCAGGCCAAGAGCCCGCCGGUGGCUGAGCAGCUCAACAAUGGACAGCUGAUGGGUGGCUCUCAAAUGAACCUCUGCAAUGGCGGCGCGGGCACAGCAGCCAUGACAGGCCUGGUGCCCAAGAUUCCUAACGGCUACGGCGACCAGAAGAAACCCAUGGCGACCCUCACACACCUCCCCAAAAGACCUCCAGUCGACAUCGAAUUCUCUGACCUCUCGUACUCAGUGAGCGAAGGCAGAAAGAGGGGGUACAAAGCCCUCCUCAAAUGCAUCAACGGUACAUUCCGGUCUGGAGAACUGACGGCCAUUAUGGGACCUUCGGGAGCGGGGAAAAGUACCCUUAUGAACAUUUUAGCUGGAUACAAAACUUCAAACGUCAGCGGAUCAAUACUUAUAAACGGCAAAGAAAGGAACCUACGGCGGUUUAGAAAACUAUCAUGCUACAUCAUGCAAGACGACUGCCUCCUACCACAUCUGACUGUCAAAGAAGCAAUGAACGUAUCAGCUAACUUGAAAUUGGGGAAAGACAUGACCGUCACUGCCAAAAAGAUUGUGAUCGAUGAGAUUUUAGAAAUGUUAGGCCUCGCUGAGGCGAGCGACACUAGAACGAUCAACCUAUCUGGCGGCCAGAAGAAACGGUUGUCAAUAGCUUUAGAGUUAGUUAAUAAUCCGCCUGUGAUGUUUUUCGACGAGCCCACGUCUGGGCUGGACAGCUCGUCAUGUUUCCAGUGCAUAUCGCUGUUGAAGUCGCUGGCGCGUGGCGGGAGAACCAUCAUCUGCACCAUCCAUCAACCGUCCGCUAGGCUCUUCGAGAUGUUCGACUUUUUGUACACCCUGGCUGAAGGGCAAUGUAUAUACCAAGGGAAAGUGAGCGGGCUGGUCCCGUUCCUCUCGUCUAUGGGCCUGCACUGUCCCAGUUACCACAACCCGGCGGAUUACGUGAUGGAAGUGGCGACGGGUGAACACGGCGACUGGGUGCACAAACUGGUGAUGGCGGUGAACAAAGGCAACUGUGGGCGAGGGCAGUCAUCAUCAUCAUCGUCGUCGUCAUCGGUCCCGCAGAACUUGAACUACAACAACCUGAGCAGCAAGAACAACACGCAGAAGGCAGAGGCACUGGAAAUUGUGAUAGGUAAAGGUGAGCAGUGA